AUGGAACAUGGAGAUGCACAAAAUAGCCCCGGUCCUACCCUGGAUGGCGAGAGGCCCUCGAAGAAGCGGCGGACGUCAAUGCAUCCACCUCGUGAGGUGGGUCUGAUGCGUAGUGUUCCUGGAGACAAGCUGUCAAGCUUUGUUGGUAGCGCCAGUGGUAUCUACUUCAUUCGAUCGGUAUAUGGUGCAGUUCGUGGCGCUCACCCGUCAGCAUCAGCUAAAAUAGCGACGCCCGAAAGCGAUCACGUCCCUGGAGAAGACGACUACCUCCCUUCGUCAAACCCAAAUAACUCCGGUCGAAUAUGGAGAGAUGAAGAGACUACGCCUAGGCCUCUGUCGAGUGUCUCAUUUCAAGAGCUCUUCGAAUGGAGUGGAAGCUACUUUGCCAAUUGGCACCCUUUCUACCCGUAUCUGCAUGCUCCAAGUGUAUUGGAGUAUCUUGAGAGGCUCCCUCAAUUGAAUGAGCCAGCUAACGAUGGUGCACCAAACUUCCAGAUGACGAUCCUACGAUCCAUUAUGUCAAUAUCGCUCGCGGAUCGCCGGCAAUCACAAGCGCUCAACGCGGCGCGAUACCCCGCUGAACUUGUCUUUCAGUCUUACGACGAUGCGGUAGACUGUCUCCAGCAUGUUUUGACCCGCCCAACAACCCUACAAUCUCUGCAGGCUGCGAUCAGCGUGCAACUCUUUCUUGUCUCUAUGCUUCGACUGAACGCCGCAAGUCGCCUUGGUGGGCUUGUGAUCCGGAUGGCUCUCCAGCUCGGUCUCCACCGUUGUCCUACUCGUUUCCCAUCCUUCUCAGUCGGAGAAAAGGAGCAUCGCCAAAGGAUCUUCUGGUCACUCUAUGCCAUCGACCGCUUCAUAUGCCAAUCUAUGGGUCUCCCACUGAGUCUCCAUGACGAUGAUGUUGAUGUAUGUUAUCCGACUGCUGAGCGCCAUCCGGGCAACCAGUACCCUACUGCGACAGAUGAUAGGUUACGACUGAUCAGCCUUGUGGCGCGGCAGUAUACCAUACGUGGCCAGAUCAUAGAGCUACGAAACAAAUCGCUCCACUACAUAGAGAGGGACCCCGACAAAGCAACCGCUAUAACAGCUAGACUAGCUCAAUGGUGGAAUGACGUGGAAGACUUCCAAGAUACAGACGACGAUCAGAGUGCCUCUACGUAUCAUCGUACUGUGUUGACAACUCUCAAGCAUGAGUCGGUCAUCUCAUUGAACCGUCCAACACUCGCCGCGUCUCGCCACGGGCACGCAUACGAUGCGGCACUACAGCAGUGUAUAGGUUCAGCAAGAGCCAUCAUUACAAUUCUUCACAAAGCUAUCCGGCCGAGUAACGGACGCGAAGCAGGGCCAGAUGGUCUGGCCUUGCUGUGGCCCUCUUGCACAUGGGCCGUCUGGAUCAGCACCUUCAUCCUGUUCCAUGCUGCCAGCAGUCAUCACGUAUCGGAGGGCAUCGUAUCCCGCGGACUCAUCCCUCAAGCCAACGAAGCUCACACCGAGCCAAAUCAUACGACCUCCAGCACGGGGCUACCACAAGAGCACUCAGACUCGUAUACUACACAGGGGGGCCAAAAUACCCCCAGCAAUGAUUUGCGUCAAGCUGCAAACGCCAAUCCAUCGGCGGAGAACGCGCAGUCCUUCAACACAUCUAUGCCAUAUCAAAAUAGCAACACCUCAGUCUCCGACUUCGGCAGCUUAGAAUGGAGCGACUUCAUUCAAGCAAACGAGGCGUUAGACUCGAGCGCACCACUCCCGCAAACGGAUGGCAUGGAUCCAUAUGUUGGGUUUGACAUUCCCUUCUGGCUUGGCCAAGAUCAGUAUUGGGAUAUGUUGCACGAUCGCGGUUGA